CCACAAAAAGGGACUUGAAUGUAAAGACCCUGAGCCAGAAGGAGAGGAAGACGGGGAUCCAGGGGAAAGACACACUCAAGGUUGAGGAAGAGUUAGGAGGGAGGGCUUGCGCGGGAGGGAGGGAGACCGCUGGAGCAACACGCAGAGGAGUAAAGAUAGGGAGGUGCAAAGGGAAGGCUAGUGGGACGAAGCCGAGAGGAAGAGGCUGAAGAGAGACAGAAGAGACAGUGGGAGAGAGGGAGGAAAGGAAGGAGCGGGGAGAAAAGGGUCACAGAGUGACCUCGGAGGAUGGGAUGUCUCUAUUCCAGAUAAUUCUGGGAUUGGAGACUGUCUGCUAGUGAGGAGACUCCGGCUUCAGCAGCCAGUUGGACAGCAACAAAGUAACAUGGACAGCAGGAGACAGACAUUCCAGCUACCUCUCCGCCACCCAGAGAUCCGGGAGCUGCUCUCAGGCCAACUUCAGUUUUCCAGCUGGAGUCUCUGAGCACCCUGGACCGCGGGAGCCGCAGAGCGCCUAGAAGCUACUCCUCUGAGACGCACGCACCGCAGCAGUAAGAACUUCCUGCUUGAGUUCCCGCAUCCCCGUCCUCUGAAAUUCCCGGGAGUAGGGGCGGAAGACCCCGGGGGAGGGGCGAGACCGACUCUCCUGCAGCCCUUUCUCCCCUCCCUCCUCCGCCCCACCCCUCCGGGCGCACAGGCAGGCAUGGAUGUGCUCAGCCCUGGCCAGGGCAACAACACCACGUCCCAAGGACCCUUUGGGACAAGAGCCAACGUUACUGGAAUCUCUGACGUGACCUUCAGCUACCAAGUAAUCACCUCCCUGCUGCUAGGCACUCUCAUUUUCUGCGCGGUGCUGGGCAAUGCGUGCGUGGUAGCUGCCAUCGCCCUGGAACGCUCCCUCCAGAACGUUGCCAACUAUCUCAUCGGGUCCUUGGCGGUCACUGACCUCAUGGUGUCAGUGCUGGUGCUGCCCAUGGCAGCGCUGUACCAGGUGCUCAACAAGUGGACUCUGGGUCAGGUCACCUGCGAACUAUUUAUCGCUUUGGACGUGCUGUGCUGCACCUCGUCCAUCCUGCACUUGUGUGCCAUCGCUCUGGACAGGUACUGGGCCAUCACGGACCCCAUCGACUACGUGAACAAGAGGACGCCCCGGCGCGCCGCUGCGCUCAUCUCGCUCACUUGGCUUAUUGGCUUCCUCAUCUCCAUCCCGCCCAUGCUGGGCUGGCGCACCCCUGAAGACCGCUCGGACCCCGACGCGUGCACCAUCAGCAAAGACCAUGGCUACACUAUCUACUCCACUUUCGGCGCUUUCUACAUCCCUCUGCUGCUCAUGCUAGUUCUCUACGGGCGCAUUUUCCGAGCCGCGCGCUUCCGCAUUCGCAAGACGGUCAAGAAGGUGGAGAAGAAGGGAACAGACACCCGUCUCGGAACUUCGCCGGCUCCGCAAUCCAGAAAGAGCGCGAAUGGGCAGCCUGGGGACAGAGACUGGGGGCGGGGCGCGGAGAACAAGGCGAAGGGGGCUUCUUGCGCCAACGGCGCCGUGAGGCUGGGCGACGACGGCGCCACCUUGGAGGUGAUCGAGGUGCACCUCGUGGGCAACUCCAAAGAGCACCUGCCUUUACCCAGCGAGGCCGGUGCUGCCCCCGGAGUCCCGGCCUCCUUUGAAAGGAAAAAUGAGCGCAACGCCGAGGCGAAGCGCAAGAUGGCUUUGGCCCGCGAGAGGAAGACGGUGAAGACGCUGGGCAUCAUCAUGGGCACCUUCAUCCUCUGCUGGCUGCCCUUUUUCAUCGUGGCCCUGGUCCUGCCCUUCUGCGAGAGCAGCUGCCACAUGCCCACACUGCUGGGUGCCAUCAUCAACUGGCUGGGCUAUUCCAACUCCCUGCUAAACCCGGUCAUCUAUGCCUACUUCAAUAAGGACUUCCAAAACGCGUUUAAGAAGAUCAUCAAGUGCAAGUUCUGCCGCCGAUGAUGGCGAUGAAAAGCCGGAGAGGAAGGCCGCGGACCGGCUCCCUCGCUCUGCCUCCCUCAGCACCCUGGUAUCCACACCUGAGAUGACUUGCUCCCGUCCUCUGACUUGUUUCAGCUUCCGCGCCCCGGAUUUCCCAACCUCGCCGCUCCUGCUUCAGCGCCAGAGGAGGGCGCCCUGCGGGGGCUCCAGCUGUGUGACCCCAGCGCCCGGGCCAUUCCCGGGUCGGUGAAAAGCUACAGGGUCUUAACUUUGACCUACGCAUCCGUUUUGAUCCCAUUAUUCACCUCCUCUUUCUUCUCUCCCCCAAGCCUUCGCGGUGGAAGUUUAAGCCUCAGCUGUUCAAGGCAGAAAAUCCACACAGGAAAAAAAAAAAAAAAAUGCGCACAGCUGCGGCGCCCACUAAGGGCGUCCACCCGCCUACCCCACCUCUAGAACUUGGACGUUGAGGGUUUAGGACAUUAUCUCGUUUCUUUUGCCCUCUUACCUAGAAACGCCACUGUCUCCUGGUUUCAUCGCCUCUUUCCUCUCCCUGCUUGCCUCUCUGCCCUCCCCACCCUGAGCGCUCCUCGCCGUUCUGGGAAUGAGGUAGAGCCUGCUGUUCCCUAGGCCAGGGGCUACUUCUUGCGCACACUCGCAGAGUAAGGCUCCUGCGCGCAGUCCCGCUUGCCCUGCUUUCUAGGACUCAGAAAAGUGGCUGGAAGGUGUCUGAGAGUGGACUUGUAAGUACAAAGCCGGGCCAGUGGGGGAGAGCGAGGAGAGUGCGGUCCUUGGUGUCAGCACUCACCAAAGAUACUGGCCAUCAGGGCAACGGUGGACUUCUGUUUCUUAGGUCACGGGCGUCUUCACUUCCUGGCAUUGCCCCUUAUCUCCUGCGGGAGGCGCCCGCCGGCCAUGGAGUGGGUGCUGGGAACUCCAGGCCUGCGGUCUGCGAGUCACCCGAGAAAGUCCAGGGACAGGGUCCUCUGUGCAAACUCCGGGACCUGUAAAGAGCGGGAAGUCAAAUUAGGGUUCCUCAAUGAAGGGAACACCAGGUCCUGCGAGCUCCUGGUAACCGGGGAGACCCAGAAACGCGGAGCGAGGCGGUGGGGGGGAGGCGAAGAGCAGACUCCCCGGCUCUCCUCCAGGAAACCGAGAGGGCGGUUUUAUGCACCGAAUGCAGACUUUUCACUUUUUCGUCCCGUCCCAAUGGGAACAGCUCUGUUUAGUGUUGUCCUGAUACUGCACUGGAUUUGUUCUACAGGACGUUUCUGCUCACAAAGUUAGCAGAGAGUCCUUUUCCAAGUAGGGAUUCUGGCCUUUCAGUGGAAUGGCUACUACGCAGCGGGCGCGCUCUCUGAGCUCAGCGGCUGAGACCUUCAAUAGUGGGGCCCCAAGGGCUGGUUAGGUGCCUGCUCCCUCUUCUGGAGUCUCUGAGAAUCUUGUAGGGGAUUGUAUUUGCUCCCACAUCUGGAGGUUCUGUACCCUGAGUCUCCCCCAGGCCUCCACGAGGAAACCAGCUUUGUGCCCUUUGAAUUCGUGGAACACCCCAAGCUUUCUGUCUCUCAGAAGUUACUCUUUCAGAGUCAUCAUUCCUGCUGAGCUAGUAUAAUCUUUGCUGUGCCCGGGAAGGAAAGUUAUUUUGGUGCUCAGUUUGAAUGUAAAUCUCCAACCACAUGAAGGGAGAUCAAGAGGUUUGUCACAGUUAGAACUUACCCUUUAACUCUUUAAGGAGCAAUGGUUUUAUUCUCCAGUAAUUACACAGUUACUGAGUCUUACUCUCUUCUCCCUUCAACCAUGCCUUUCCAAUGUUUGCAUCUGCUGUUUUGAGAACAUGCUGCGUUUUUACAGAUUGCAAAAUUGCCAGUGAAAUAUUCACUUGUUAAUAAAUAAGGUGAAAGGACAGCUCUAUCACUUGAAGCCAUUGUAUCGUUUUUCAAACUUAACAAAGCCUCCAUUUUGAUGCCUUUUUCUCUGAACCUCUAGUAUUUAUCAAAUCUUGUUUAAAUAAAGGUUAGGAACUUUCAGAAUGGCUUGAUUAUGCACCUAUAAUGUCACUGGGGUUUCUGACAGAGAGCAGAAGGCAGACUUCUGCAACUGUUAUUUGUUUAAAAAUUUAAUUUCCUUCGUCUCUCAAUAAUCGAAAGCAGAAGCAUAUGAGAAAAUGAAGGUUUCUGUAUGUUUUACUGGAUUUUUGGAAUAAAUUCCAUAUUUAAAUUGAUCCAAACCUCAAAUUUUCUUCUCCAAAUUAUGCUUUGGCCAGCAAAUAUUGCAUUUGAAAUUUUGAGACUUCUAUUUAUUUGUGUCUUUUACAGGAUUGUAUGGCCAUAAUUUUGGUGCAUUUGUUCCUGUUUUGGAGGCUUUACACAAGAAAGGAGAAAGAAUAUCCAAUUGGAUUGUAAUUGCCAAGCAAUAGAGAAAUUAGAGAAAUAAGUGCAAAAGAGCUACAAGCUCUAAAAAAAAAAACCCUAGUUGCUCUUUUUUCUUUUAAAAUAGUUGUAUUAAGGUAAAGUAUUUAUGCAUCAAAAUUGGUCUUCAUUUUUCCCUGUAACAAUAAAAGACUUUAUUAAUGGCAAUGCUACAAUAAACUGGUAUCAGUAA